AAUCUCACUUGUUGUUAACAGUUAACACACACACACACACACAAGUUCGUUCGCAAGAGAAAAGAGAAGGAAGAGAAAUAGAGAAUUACAAGUCGAGGGAGAAAUCUAAGUACAGUUCUGUACUUUUCUAUAUUAAUCAAAAUUUUCUUUUAUUCGUUGUAGUAUAAAAAUCUUCUGUCGUUUGUACCUUUCUUCACUAGCAACCGCACCACUGCGCCUUAUUUUUUUCUUCUCUCUAUACUGGUAAUAAUAACUAUUUAGCGCCGCAAGGGCACGGUUAGUGUAGUAGUAAAUUUAUUCAAUAUCUCUCCCGGCGGCGAGCGAGCGAGUUUAUUGCUGCUUUAACGAGAGAUGGCAACGCAGGUGGAUGAAUCUACUGUCAAACUUGAUCCAAAAGUGGUGGGGAAUGCUUUUGCGGAGCAGUACUACAACACCUUGUCCAAGUCUCCCGAGCUGCUUCAUAACUUUUACAAUGAUGCGAGCUUGAUUGGCAGGCCAGGCUCAGAUGGUUCAGUGUCUCCUAUUUCAACUUUAGAAGAGAUUAAAAAAUUGAUCCUCUCUCUUGACUAUAAGAAUUGUGUAGUCGAGAUACAGACUAUUGAUUCUCAGGAAUCUUAUGAGAAUGGGGUAAUGGUGUUGGUUACUGGUUUCUUUGCUGGAAAGGACAGUACCAGACAAAACUUUACACAAGCAUUUUUCUUGGUCCCGCAAGAUGAUGGGAGGAGAUAUUAUGUUUUGAAUGAUAUUUUUAGAUACAUGGAAGAAUCAGAGAAUAAGAAAAUUAGUGAUGAAGACAACAUUGCUCCAGCUACACCUGUUAUCCCAUGUCCUGAGCCAACCUCCUUUCCUAAUCACUCUGUCUCUGCCAAUAUGUCUACUACUUUGGAGGAGGGUGAUGAUCAAGCUAAAGAAUCCGGUCAUCCUUUGGACAAUGGAGAGAUUCCCACUUAUGAGAAGGAGGUGGUUGUCGAGAAAGUUGUUACCACUCAGAACGACGAUCAAGCUAAAGAAUCCGGCCAUCCUUUGGACAAUGGAGAGAUUCCCACUUAUGAGAAGGAGGUGGUUGUCGAGAAAGUUUUUGCCCCUCAGAAUGAUGCUCACCCAGUUUCUGAGGCAGUUGCUUCUAGUGUCCAGGAGGAGGAUGCCCCCAAGAAGUCCUAUGCAUCAGUGGCAAAUGCAUUGAAUUUCAAAACACAACCAUUUCAACAGAGGGUAUCACCCGUGAAACCUGUGAAACAGUCACAUACAGCUGCACCACCUGUGGUCACUUCUCAACAAACAGGUUCUCGCCCUCCCAGCAACAAUUCUGUGGAAAUCAAUAACAACAGUGCUACAGUUGAGGGUUACUCCAUAUUUGUUGCAAAUUUGCCUCUGGAUGCUACUGUUGACCAGCUUGUGCAGACUUUUACAAGAUUUGGGCCUAUUAAACCUAAUGGUGUGCAAGUCAGAAGUUAUAAGCAAGAAAAGAACUGUUUUGGUUUUGUGGAAUUUGAAUCAGCUGAUUCUGUGGAGAAGGCCCUUGAGGUCUCUACUGUCAUGAUUGGCACUCGAACAGCGCAUAUUGAGAGAAAGAAUGCAGCAAAAAAUGGUGGUGAAAAGUAUCCUUCAAGAAAGGGUGGUUUUAGGAAUGGCAAUUUUAGGAGCCGUGGAAACUUAAAUGGAGGCCAUGGCUAUGGCAGAAAUGAUUUUGAGAAUCAGGGUGCAGUCUCUGGUCAAUCUUGGGGCACCACUGGACGCAAUGGAGAAGCUAACAAGAAAGUUUAUCUAAAUGGGGAAGCUAGAGGUCCCCGUCAAGCUCGGGCUGGGAAUAACUAGACAAUCUCUUUCGCUAGAAUUUUGUUUAUUGCAUUUUUUUUCCCGAUUCACAACCAGAUAGGAAAUAUUAGAGCAAAUAGAUCAAGGCAUUUUAGUUUUUCGCUCUUAAGAUUUUGGCAAGGUUAAUUGAGUAAUUGCUAGGAAUCAUGAAAACAGAUUAUGCAGGGUUUUUAUGCUUUGGGAUAUUAUUUCUUAAGAAAUUAUUUCAAAGAA